GGCAACACGGCCAAACAUGGAGGAAGAAAAAUUAAUUCAACAGGAAUUAAAUAGUCUAAAAGUGACAGUCUCUUCACCUACCACAUCUCUAAGGCUGAUGAAGGAAUGUAUGGUGCGGCUGAUCUACUGUGAGAUGCUGGGUUAUGAGGCCUCUUUCGGGUACAUCCAUGCCAUCAAGCUGGCGCAACAGGGAAACCUUUUUGAGAAAAGAGUGGGGUAUUUGGCAGUUUCCCUGUUUCUUCAUGAAAACCAUGAGCUGUUGCUUCUACUUGUGAACACUGUUGUGAAGGAUCUGCAGAGCACCAACCUGAUGGAAGUCUGCAUGGCUCUUACGGUAGCAAGCCAGAUCUUUCCACGGGAAAUGAUUCCAGCUGUCCUUCCGCUAGUAGAAGACAAACUUCAGCACCCCAAGGAAAUUAUUAGAAGAAAAGCCGUUCAAGCGUUGUACAAAUUCUACCUUAUUGCUCCCAACCAAGUUCAGCACAUCCACGAUAAGUUCCGCAAGGCGCUGUGCGACCGGGAUGUGGGCGUUAUGGCUGCAUCGUUACAUAUUUAUCUCCAGAUGGUGAAGGAAAACUCCUCCGGUUACAAGGAUUUGACAGGCAGCUUUGUCGCUAUUCUCAAGCAAGUGGUGGGAGGAAAACUCCCCGUCGAUUUCAACUAUCACAGUGUUCCGGCGCCUUGGUUACAAAUCCAGCUUUUAAGAAUAUUGGGGCUGCUAGGAAAAGAUGAUCCAAAGGCCAGUGAAUUAAUGUACGAUGUUUUGGAUGAGUCGUUAAGGAGAGCAGAGAUCAACCACAACGUUACAUAUGCCAUCUUGUUUGAAUGUGUCCAGACAAUUUAUACCAUUUACCCCAAAGCUGAUUUACUUGAGAAGGCGGCCAAAUGCGUGGGGAAAUUUGUCUUGUCACCUAAAAUUAAUUUGAAAUAUUUAGGAUUAAAAGCCCUAACGUCUGUGGUCCAGCAGGAUCCGACCCUCGCCCUGCAGCAUCAGAUGACGAUAAUCGAAUGCCUGCAUCAUCCUGACCCCAUUGUUAAAAGAGAGACAUUGGAGCUUCUGUAUAGAAUCACUAAUGGACAGAACGUCACCGUCAUUGUUCAGAAGAUGCUCGACUAUCUCACUGAAAGCCGGGAAGAAUACACCAUCAUCAACAUCGUUGGCAAAAUAGCAGAAUUAGCUGAAAAAUAUGCUCCUGACAACGAAUGGUUCAUCCAGACCAUGAAUGCCGUAUUUUCCAUAGGAGGAGAUAAAAUGCACCCUGACGUCCCAAAUAGUUUCUUACGCCUUCUUGCUGAGGGUUUCGACGAUGCGAAGGAAGACAGCCAGCUCCGACUUCAUGCUGUCCAGUCUUACCUUGUGUUGCUGGAGGACGAAAAGGCGGUGUAUCCCCAGAGGUUUCUUCAGGUGAUGAGUUGGGUGAUAGGCGAGUACAGUUACCUCAUGAAGAACACCGACCCAGAGGCCCUCUUGGCCAGCUUGCGUUGGAUCCUGAGGAGCAACGCCACCCCGGAGACGAAGGCCUGGGUGAUGGCGGCAGCCACCAAAAUCGCUUCUCGCGCCCCACGCUUGAAGACCGUCGAGGCGCUUGCCCUGGAGUUCACUGCCUCCCUGGACACGGGCGUGAGACAGGCUGCGUUUGAGCUGAAGCACCUCUGCGAGGACCCAGAGCUGAUGAAGACCUUGUUCCCGGUGGAUGCCAGUGGCGAGGACCUCGUGGUGGAUGCCUCCUUAUCUUUCCUAGAUGGGUUUGUAGCCGAAGGCCUGGCCCGGGGCGCCGCGCCGUACAAGCCGCCUCAUCAAAGGCAAGAGGAGAAGCUGUCUCAGGGGAAAGCUUUGAACUUUGAGCCUUACGGGCUCCCCCUCUCACGGAGCUUCUCCGCAUCUGGUGCGACCGGCCGGCAGUCUCCAACCGGACUGUCUCUGGGGUCUGAUAUUUCCGGGAACAGUCCUGAGGCCGGACAAAAGGAGACCAACGGCUUGAGGCUUGACGGAGUGAAGCAGCUGUGGGGGAAAGAAGGUUACCUCCCCAAAAAGGGAAGCCCAGUUGAAAAAGAAGACAGCAUCCGACCUGUCCCGCAGAGCAGCAGCCCGUUGGCGGAACCUCCGGCCGGUCACUUUCCGUCACAGGCUGGUCAAGAAGCUUCAAGCCUCUCGGAGGAAGAAAAAGAGAAGCAGCAGCUGGCGUCCACCCUCUUUGUGGGCCUGGGCUCGCAGGGCAGCGUAAAUCUGAUGGGCAAAGGAGACCCUUCCACUCAGAAGUUCACAAGGAGAUCAAAGAUCCACGAAGGCAAAACCGGCGAGGAAUCGUCUGGUAGAGAAAGCCCGGUGAGCCCUCCGGCCACCUGCCACGACCCCUUCCAUGGGAAGCAGGAGCCCUGGCAAAGCCACGGACGUGGAAGGAAAGCUUCCCUGGGCUUUCCUGAAGCUUCGGGAUCGAAAGCGGUGCUGGACCGCUCUCACUCUCUGCCAGAAGCGGGACCGAACGAGAGGCUUCUGAGCCACAAACUCUCGCCCUGCGCUUUGUUUGCUGAUGGCGAGAUGGACUUUUCCCCUCGCCCGCCAGGCGCUCAGGCAGCCGCCCGCAGGCUGCCCUCCUUGAGGCCUUCCUUAGCUGAGGAGGCGGCCGAGCAUCCCCAUUCAGAGAUCGUAGAACUCUGUGGCAACGAAACGCUGGUUUUAUGCUUUUGUAAGGUCUGGAAAGAGGAUGGCGUCCUGGUUUUUUUAUUUCUUGUCAACCAGAGCACUUCCUUACUUAAAAAGGUGACGUUGGAAUUUGAGCAUGCAGACCAUCUGAAGAUCUCUGAGAGUCACGGCUGCCGUUUUGAUACAAUAGAAGCUCAAAGCAUAGGAACUUUCCAGACGGAUGUGGAGAUAAAGGAGCUGUCCUCCUCAGCAGCAAUCUCUGGUUCCGUCCAUUGCGACCUAGCGCUGAACGUACCCCUCCAGUUUUCUGUAACUUUAGACCUCUUGGAUUUUAUCAGACCCAUGAAAUUGACCACCGAGGAAUUUGGAAAGCUGUGGCUCGCUCUUUCGAACGACGUGAAGCAAAAUCUAAAGAUGGCACCAUCUCAGGGUUCUCUGUCGGCUGUUCUUAACACCUUGCAGCAAAAGCUGAAGCUACACGUGGUUGACAUCAUAGGUAACGAGGGCAUCGCCGCCUGCCGGCUGCUUCCCUCCAUCCCUUGCUUGCUGCACUGCCGGAUCCAAGCCGGGAUGGUGGCGCUGUGGCUCCGCUCGCCCUGCCCGGCCCUCCCGGACUGCUUGCUUUACCAGUGUCAGAAAGCGAUGGAAGAAUCGUGAGCGUCACCCUGCCUCCCUGUUGCUGCCCUUCCCGACAGAAGAUGAGUGUGACUUUUUCCCCCCUUCCACAAAGAGUUCGCCAAAGCCAGCGCUUGUCCAGUCAGCCAAGUGUGGGGUGGCCCAAACAGGCAUGGAGGGAGGGUCUGUGUGUGUGCGUGUUGUGGUUGUUUUGAGGUGCCUGCUGUGUCACACACAGACCCACAGCUCAGGGUCAGGGAGCCCCAGGCAAGGGACGGCUCAGGGUCCGAACGGUCAGCGAGGCACCUUGGGGAAGGCAUGAUGUUUUCUGUUUAUGUCCCCAUCCAAGGGACAGCCUGUUUAUUCAUAGGAACAGCUACGACUUGGAGGACUUUACGGGCUCCGCUGGGGACUUCAGGACGCCUCUCUGGCAGGGCCUCCUUUGCUUUGGGAACUUUUCUUGUGGUGCCUGACGCUCCAGGGCUGCUCGCUGGUCACCCAGGCGUUGGGUCAUAGGAGAGCCGCGGCUCCUGCCUUCUCCGCUCCCGAUUGUGUAGGCACAGAAGGAGGUACAGGGCUCUGCAUACAUUGGUGACUCUGUAAGACACCCCUGGCAGCGGCUGCCAAGCGGUGGGAGGACAGUUCGCCACACAUCCCCGGUGGGUGAGUUCAGCGGUUGUGCGCCUCUCUUGGUUUUUCUUGGCUACUUGGUCAGAAGGCGGCUUUCCAGGGGUGCUGCCAUCCUCAGAGGGCUUAAGCCUUUGAGCUGUCUGUGCUUAAAAGCACCAAGCCUGCCCUUCCAGACGUUUUUCCCCCCACCUUUGCAUGAAUGCCUAGUGGUUUUUCUCACCCCUCACCCCCUCCGGCAUCAGGAGUUC